AUGGCCUUAUCUUUUGCUUCUUCAACUAGAUUCUCUAAGAUGCAGUCAGGGGUAUGGUACAGUGGAUCCCUCACAUCACGAGUCACUGUGAGAUGCUGUGAAUCCGGGAAAGAGCCACCACGACCAAAAUCGAAGCUCCAAGUGGGAUCGCCAAUCAUCAUCGUGGAAGCCCCCAAAGUGAUAAAAACAGCCGCUUCAAUGCCUUGUCUUAGGGCUAACACUGGCUUGGUCAAGCCUGGCGAUGUUGGAAGAAUCGUAUCGAGAAAACCAAAGGACUUGUGGGCAGUUCGACUCUCCAUUGGAACGUAUCUUUUAGAUGGUAAAUAUUUCAAAGCUUUAGAGCUUGAAGAGUGA